AUGGUUGUGGUUGAGACUGUGAUGAUGAGUAGAACUGGACAAGGAUCCGAAGCCCGGUCCAAACCACAGAAAACCGGAGAAAAAAAAGGAAUUGGGCGGUGGUGUUCUAAGUACUGUUCUUGUUUUGGUGUGGUUAUUGUUGUCUCUGUUCUGUCUCUUUACAAUUCUUUUUUAUGUAUCAAGUAUUAUUACUCUCUUUACAAAGUUUUUAUUGUUAAUCAUAUGACUGGUGAGCCUAAUCAAAAUCUACCAAUUAAUGAAGUAGGUUCAGCUAUGCAACCUAUAAAGAAGAGGAAAUCUAGUGCAAGUGGUUCUAGCCAAUCAUCUGCUUGCUGGGAACAUUUUAUUAGAUUACCCGAUGACCUAGUUGAUGCACCCACUGCAGCCUGCAAACACUGCCAUAAAAAAUACUUGUGUGACCCUAGGACUCACGACACCACUAAUUUGAACCACCAUAUUUUAAAAUGUUCUAAGAAGCCCCUUGUCGUGUCAACUGACUCCACACAAACUAUUCUAACAUACCCAAGUGUAGAUGGUAAAUUGGUUCAAGUUAGCUCUAGAUUUGACAAGAAAGCUUGUAGAAGUGCUUUGUCAGUUUUUGUAGUUCUAGAUGAGCAGCCAUUUAGUGCAGUAGAGGGUGAAGGGUUUAAAUUUUAUUCCAAAGUAAUGCAGCCCCAAUUUACCAUCCCAUCUAGGCGUACGACUUCUAUACAAAAUCUCAAUCACUUGACCCUUACGGCACACUUUGUGGAUAACGAAUGGAAGUAUCAAAAAAGAAUUAUAAGCUUUACCGUAAUUCCAAACCACAAAGGUGAAACUGUAGGUAGGAAGAUUGAAGAAGUGUUAAGGGAUUGGGGAAUUAGGAAUGUGUCAACCAUAACUGUUGAUAAUGCCACUUUAAAUGAUGUUGCUGUGACAUAUCUAAAGAGAAAAAUAGCAAAUAUGAAUGGGUUAAAGGGGGAUGGAGAGUGUUUUCAUAUGAGGUGUUCAGCUCACAUUUUGAACUUGGUGGUAAAUGAGGGUUUGAAAGAUAAACAUUUAUCUGUAACUAGUGUUAAAGAUGCUGUUAGAUUUGUUAAGUCCUCACCUCAUAGGGCAGCCAAGUUUAACGAAUGCAUUGAAUUUGCUGGAAUAACUUGCAAAAAAUUAGUAUGUCUUGAUGUUUCAACUCGUCGGAACGCGACAUAUUUAAUGCUAGAGGUUGCGGAGAAGUUUCAACUCGCUUUUGAAAAGCUUGAGGAUGAAGAGUCGAGCUAUAGAGAGUUCUUUGGAAAAGGUAAUCCCCCUAGUAAUGAUGAUCGAGACAUUGCUAGGGCUUUUAGCGCUUUCCUAAAGUUAUUCUAUGAAGCAACUAAGACUUUUUCCACCUCUCAAAAUGUGAGUUUGCAUACUUGUUUUCACCAAGUGUCUGCCAUUUAUUGUGAGUUAAAGCAAGCUACUUUGAACUUAAAUGAUUUUUUUGCAAGUGUGGGUGGAGAUAUGAUGGAAAAAUAUAAUAGAUAUUGGGAAGUCCUGAUAAGAUGA